CCCCCGAGCCGGACGGGACCAGGACACACACAGGGCUGCCAUGGCUGAGGAGGAGGAGCUGGGCACCAGGGCCACCAGGAGGGGCCCUCUGUCAGCUGGCAGUGCCCGGGGCAGUGCCACCGAGUCCAGCACGCUGCUGCAGGAGCUCCGCAGCAACAUCUCCAAAUCCGUGCAGAGCAAGGUGGACUCCAUCCUGCAGGACGUGCAGAAGUUCUCGGACAGCGACAAACUCUACCUGUACCUGCAGCUGCCCUCAGGGCCCAGCCUGGGCGAGAAGAGCAGCAGCGGCAGCUCCUCCUCGCUGGAGCUGAGCACGCUGGGCACGGCCGAGCACAUGCACGCCUGCAGCUGGAUCCGCAACCACCUGGAGGAGCACACGGACACCUGCCUGCCCAAGCAGGACGUCUACGACGCCUACAAGCGUUACUGUGACAACCUGGGCUGCCGCCCGCUGAGCACAGCCAACUUUGGCAAGAUCAUCCGCGAGAUCUUCCCAAACAUCAAAGCCCGGCGCCUGGGGGGCCGCGGCCAGUCCAAGUACUGCUACGGGGGGAUCCGGAGGAAGACCGUGGUCAGCCUUCCUCCCCUGCCCAGCCUGGACCUCAAAGUGACCGAGACGCAGGCGGAGCUGGCCGAGCUGGCGCACUCGUACAGCGCCGAGGUGACGGAGGCCGCGUGUGCCCUGACGUGUGACUGGGCUGAGAAGAUCCUGCGGCGCUCCUUCAACAACAUCGUGGAGGUGGCGCAGUUCCUGCUGCAGCAGCACAUCAUCAGCCCCCGCUCGGCCCACGCCGACCUGCUCAUGGCCAUGGUGCUCUCAGAAAACACGGACAAGCCCCCCCAGGACCCCCGGCCACCCUCAGCCCCCAAGAAGAACGGCCCGGACCCCUCGGACAGCAGCCAGGAGCAGGCCAAGAAGGACGCUGUCGCCAAGGUGCCCGCGCAGCCGCGGCCGGAGAAGAAGAAGGCGGAGGCGGCGCGGGCGGGCAGCAGCCCGCAGGUGAGCGCGCUGGUGGCGCGGCUGCCGCUGCUGCUGCCCCGCAUCCCGGCCCCGCAGCGCCCGCCCGUGCCCGCCGCGGCGCCCGCGCCGCCCGUGCUGGUGCCGCGGCCCGCGGGCACCGUGAAGGUGGCGCUGCCGCUGCCCGUGGGCGCCGCCGCCAUCCCCGUGCUCAACGUGCUGCUGCCCGGCGUGGGCGUGCCCGCGGCCGAGGCGCCCAGGGACGCCGAGGGGCAGCAGCCGCAGCAGCCGCAGCAGCCGCGCGGCCGCGCCGCCAAGCGCGCUCCCGAGGGCGCGGCCGCGGACGGCAGCGCGCGCAAGCGGCGGCGCGGGAGGCCCCGCAAGCGGCCGGGGGACGGCGCCGCGUCACCCGAGCGGCCCGAGGGGGCCCGGGGGGAGGACGGAGGGGACUCGGCCCCGGGGGCGUCGCCCGGGGCUGGCGGUGCCGCCGUGCCCGGCGGGGACGGGGCGGGGGGCGGCGGUGCUGCUGAGGAUGCCGGGGACAGCAUGGAGGUGGACAGUGACACGGUGACUGGUGGGGACAGCCCGGGCAGUGGCAGUGCCACCGUCCCCCUUGGGGACAAUGGCAGUGCCACUGCCACGCUUAGUGACAGCCUGGUCAAUGGCAGUGCCACUGUCCCUGUUAGUGACAGCCUGGUCAAUGGCAGUGCCACUGCCACGCUUAGUGACAGCCUGGUCAAUGGCAGUGCCACUGUCCCUGUUAGUGACACCACAGUCAAUGGCAGUGCCACUGUCCCCCUUAGUGACACCACAGUCAAUGGCAGUGCCACUGUCCCCGUUAGUGACAGCCUGGUCAAUGGCAGUGCCACUGUCCCUGUUAGUGACACCACAGUCAAUGGCAGUGCCACUGUCCCUGUUAGUGACAGCCUGGUCAAUGGCAGUGCCACUGUCCCCCUUAGUGACAGCCUGGUCAAUGGCAGUGCCACUGUCCCUGUUAGUGACACCACAGUCAAUGGCAAUGCCACUGUCCCCCUUAGUGACACCACAGUCAAUGGCAGUGCCACUGUCCCUGUUAGUGACACCACAGUCAAUGGCAGUGCCACUGUCCCUGUUAGUGACAGCCUGGUCAAUGGCAGUGCCACUGUCCCCCCUGGGGACAGUGCAGUCAAUGGCAGUGCCACUGUCCCCCUUAGUGACAGCCUGGCUGGGGGCAGUGUCACUGUCCCCCUUAGUGACAACUCAGUCAAUGGCAGUGCCACUGUCCCCCCUGGGGACAUCCCAGUCAAUGGCAGUGCCACUGUCCCCCUUAGUGACAACUCAGUUAGUGCCAGCAUCCUACUCAGUGACAGUGCAGUCAAUGGCAGUGCCACUGUCCCCGUUAGUGACAGCUCAGUCAAUGACAGUGCCACUGUCCCCGUUAGUGACAGCCUGGUCAGUGUCAGUGCCAUUGUCCCCCCUGGGGACAGUGCAGUCAAUGGCAGUGCCACUGUCCCUAAUGGGGACGGCCCGGUCAAUGGCACUGACACUGUUCCCCUUGGGGACAGCGCAGUCAGUGUCAGUGCCAGUGUCCCCCUUAGUGACAUCCUGGUCAGUGGCAAUGACACUGUCCCCCCUGGGGACAGCUCCGUCAGUGGCAGUGCCACCACUCCCCUUGGGGACAGCCCAGUCAGUGGCAGCAUCCCUGGUGAUGGCUCUGCUGCUGGUGGCAGUGCCACCGUCCCCCUUAGUGACAGCCCAGCUGGGGGAAGUGCUGCCACCCACCUUGGGGACAGCCCGCUCAGUGGCAGUGCCACCGUCCCCCUUAGUGACAGCUCAGUCAGUGCCACUGUCCCCCUUGGGGACAGCCCGCUCAGUGGCAGUGCCAGCUCCCCCAGUUGUGGCUCUCCUGGUGGUGGCAGUGCCACUGUCCCUGUCAGCGACAAUGCCACCACUGGGGACAGGCCGGUCACUGUCAGGGCCACCAGCCCUGUCAGGGACAGCCCAGCCAGGGUUGAUGACUCUGGGGACAGGCCGGUCACUGGCAGUGCCACCACUGGGGACAGGCCUGUCACCAGCAGUGCCACCGUCCCUGUCAGGGACAGCUCACCCAGAGCCAAUGGCAGUGUUGGGGACAGGCCGGUCACCAGGAGUGCCACCAUUCCCAGCAGGGACAGCCCAGCUGGUGGCAGUGCCACUGUCCCUGUCAAGGCCAGUCCAUCCAGGGGCCGUGCCACCAGUGGGGACAGGCCAGUCAGUGGUGCCACUGUCCCUGUCAGGGACAAGCCAGUCCCUGGCAGUGCCACUGUCCCUAGGAGGGACAGCUCACCCAGAGCCAGUGCCAGUGGGGACAGGUCGGUUACUAGAAGUGCCACUGUCCCCACAGCUGGUGGCAGUGCCACCGUUCCUGUCAAGGACAGCUCACCCAGGGCCAGUGCCACCAUAGGGGACAGGCCAGUCACCAGGAGCGCCACUGUCCCUGUCAGGGACAGCCCAGCUGGUGGCAGUGGCACCACACCAGUCAAGGACAAUCGGGCCAGGGGCAGUGCCACCACUGGGGACAGCUUAUCCCGGGGCAGUGCCACCGUCCCUGUCAGGGACAGCUCAGCCAGGGCCAGUGCCACCACAGGGGACAGGCCGGUCACCAGGAGUGCCACCAUUCCCAGCAGGGACAGCCCAGCUGGUGGCAGUGCCCCCGUCCCUGUCAGGGACAGCUCAGCCAGGGCCAGUGCCACCACUGGGGACAGGCCGGUCAGUGGUGCCACUGUCCCUGUCAGGGACAAGCCUGUCACUGGCAGUGCCACCGUCCCUGUCAGGGACAGCUCACCCAGAGCCAGUGGCAGUGUUGGGGACAGGCCGGUCACCAGGAGUGCCACCAUUCCCAGCAGGGACAGCCCAGCUGGUGGCAGUGCCACCGUCCCUGUCAGGGACAGCUCAGCCAGGGCCAGUGCCACCACUGGGGACAGGCCGGUGAGGAGCAGUGCCACCCCUGGGGACAGGCUGAGCAGGGGCAGUGCCACCCCUGGGGACAGGCCAGGGAGGAGCAGUGCCACCAUCCCUGUCAGGGACAGGUCACCCAGAGACAGUGCCACCACUGGGGACAGGCCAGGCAGGGGCAGUGCCACCGUCCCCAUCAGGGACAGGUCACCCAGAGACAGUGGCAGCGGGGACAGGCCGGGCAGGAGCAGUGCCACCGUCCCUGUCAGGGACAGGCCAGGUAGGGGCAGUGGCAGUGUCCCCAGCAGGGACAGGUCACCCAGAGACAGUGCCACCACUGGGGACAGGCCAGUCUCUGGCAGUGCCACCACUGGGGACAGGCCAGGCAGGGGCAGUGGCAGUGUCCCCAUCAGGGACAGGUCACCCAGAGACAGUGCCACCAGUGGGGACAGGCCAGGCAGGGGCAGUGCCACCGUCCCUGUCGAGGACAGGCCAGGCAGGGGCAGUGGCACCAUCAGGGACAGGCUGGUCAGGGGCAGUGCCACUGUCCCCAUCAGGGACAGCUCAGACAGUGGCAGUGCCACUGUCCCUGUCAAGGACAGGUCGGCUAGAGCCAGUGGCACCACCGGGGACAGGUCAGUCAGGAGCAGUGCCACCAUCCCUGUCAGGGACAGCGCUGCCAGGGGCAGUGCCACCAUCCCUGCUAAGGACAGCUCAUCCAGGACCAGUGACAUUGGGGACAGGCCAGUUAGUGGCAGGGCCAUCAUCCCUGUCAGGGACAGCGCAGCCAGGGGCACUGCCACCCCUGGGGACAGGCUGGGCAGGGGCAGUGCCACCACUGGGGACAGCACAGCCAGGGGCAGUGCCACUGUCCCUGUCAGGGACAAGCUAGUGUCUGGCAGUGCCACCAUCGCUGUCAGGGACAGCUCACCAAGGGCCACUGCUGUUGGGGACAGGCCAGUGAGGAGCAGUGCCACCCCUGGGGACAGGUCAGCGAGGGGCAGUGCCACCCUUGGGGACAAGUCAGUCAGGGGCAGUGUCACCAUUGGGGACAGGUCAGUGAGGAGCAGUGCCACCAUCCCUGUCAGGGACAGGUCACCCAGAGACAGUGGCAGCGGGGACAGGCCAGGCAGGGGCAGUGCCACCAUCCCUGUCAGGGACAGGUCACCCAGAGACAAUGGCAGCGGGGACAGGCCGGGCAGGGGCAGUGCCACCGCUGGGGACAGGCCGGGCAGUGGCAGUGUCCCCAUCAGGGACAGGUCACCCAGGGCCAGUGGCAGCGGGCUCAGGCUGGUCAGGGACAGUGCCACCAUGCCCAUGAGGGACAGUGCCACCGUCCCCAUGAGGGACAGGUCACCCAGGGCCCCUGACCCUGGGGACAGGCCAGGCAGGAGCGGUGCCACUGUCCCUGCCAGGGACAGCCCAGCUGGGGGCAGUGGCACGGUCAGGGAUGUGCCAGUCUCUGGCAGUGCCACUGUCCCCAUCAGGGACAGGGACAGCCCAUCCAGGGGCACUGCCACUGUCCCUGUUGGGGACAGGCCGGUCAGUGGUGGUGGCACCGUAGGGGACAGGCUGGUCACUGGCACUGCCAUUGUCCCUGUUGGGGACAGGCUGGUCACUGACAGUGGCGCCAUUGGGGACAGGCUGGUCACUACCAGUGGCACCAGUGGGGACAGGCCGGUCAGUGGUGGUGGCACCGUUGGGGGCAGGCUGCUCACUGCCAGUGGCACCGUUGGGGACAGGGCGGUCAGUGACAGUGGCACCGCUGGGGACAGGCUGCUCACUGACAGUGGCACCCCUCCUGGCAGGGACUGUCCCUCCAGGGGCAGUGGCACUCCUGGGGACAGGCCGGUCCCUGGCAGUGCCACUGUCCCCGUCAGGGACAGCCUAUCCAGGGGCACUGCCACCAUCGUGGACACGCCCGUCACCGGCAGUGCCACCGUCCCUGUGGGUGACAUCCCCUUCUGGGCCUGGGGCACCGCUGGGGACAGCGCGGGCGCUGGCAGCGCCACCUUCCCCGUCAGGGACUGCCCGUCGCGGGGCACCGCCGCCAUCGUGGACGCGCUGGUGACCCUGAGCGGCACCGUGGUGGACAGGAGGAUCCUGGGCAGCGUCACCGUCCCUGUCAGGGCCAGCCUGUCCCGGGGCACUGCCACCAUCGUGGACACGCCCGUGUUCGUCAGUGCCACCGUCCUCGUUGGGGACUCCAUCCCCAGGGUCACCGCCACCAUCGUGGAGUCCAGGGUGCCCAGCCAUGCCAUCCUCCCCCUCGGGGACACGCUGGCCUGUGGCAGUGCCACCAUCCCUGUCAGGGAGUGCCUGUCUGGGGACGGUGCCACCGUCCCUGUCAGGGAGUGCCCAUCCAGGGACAGUGCCACCCUCCCUGUUGGAGCCGGGUCAGUGGGUGGCAGUGCCACCAUCCCUGUCAGGGAGUGCCCAUCCAGGGGCAGUGCCACCCUUGGGGACAGCAGGCACGUCACUGGCAGUCCCCCUAUCAUGGACACACCGGUCAGUGGCAGUGCCACCAUCCCUGUCAGGGACUGCCCGUCCAGGGGCAGUGCCACCCGUGGUGACAGCGACACCCGAGGCGAUUUUGCCCCGAAAUCGCCGAUUUUGGUAAACGAGGAACCCGCGGGGCGCCUUGGGCUGCUUCCCUAUGGAGACCACGCCCCCAAGCACACAGCCGCCGCCGGUGCCCGGGAUGAGCCGCCCGCGCCGGCCGCAGGGCCGGGCCGGCCGAGCGGAGCCUCGCGGGAUGGGAUCGCUCCAGUUUAUUUCCCAACCUUUGGGAAAAACAAAAACUUGGAAAACCUCAGAAAUUGGGGAUUUGUGUACGGAGUGUGA